AUGCAAGAGAAUCUUGUAACAAACAAGUUGUUUUGUUGCGAUACAGAUUCGGAAAAAGUCCUACUUGUUCGGCAUUUCAUUGAUAUGAAGAAGACUAAGAUGCUGCUCCAGAAGCGUCGACCCCAUAUUCUAGUAGAGAAACUGGAUCUCGCUGAUGACAACUCUGGCAUAUGUUCUGUAUUGGCAAGCGGUUAUCUUCGCGGACCGGCAUGGAACGUGAACCAUUUGGUCCAUAUUCAAGGAUGGGGAGACUUUCAAAUAGGACGUAUAUUUGCACAUGCUGAUCCACAUCCACUGAAACAGAAUGAAAAAGCUGCACUGAACGGGGAUGAUACACCAAAAGUGCUAGUGGUUGCUGACGAGUCCCGACGUGAACCCCUACAAUCCGAAAUUGUUCCGGACCCAAUGGAUGCUGAACAGACAUGGCCUGAUGAAUUCGACCUUGCUGAUGAUGCUAAAAUGAAAAAUGAGGCUGGCGUUCGCAAAGUACCAAAAGGAACUUCGUCAUAUCAAGCCGCGUGGAUUGUUGAUGAUGACGAUGGUGAAUCGGCCAGUGACGAUGAGGACAGCGCUGAUGAUGAAGAUGAAGAGCACGGGAAUGAGAUGGAGAUGGAAGUGGCUCCUGAAGAAAGUGAAGGUGAAGGUCCUCAUAUGGAAGAAAUGGAAGAUAUGAUGUCAGAAGUUAAUGAUGACGAUGAAGCUGAUGAUCUCGACGAAGUGGAAAAGUAUCGUCGCGAAAGAGAGAAUGCACAAUUUCCCGAUGAAAUCGAUACGCCUUUGAACGACCUUGCUAGAAUUCGUUUUCAGAAAUAUCGUGGCUUGAAAAGUUUCAGGACGUCUCCGUGGGACCCCAAAGAAAAUCUUCCGUCAGAUUACGCCCUAUAUGUCCAAUUCCAAAAACUACAAAAAGCAACCAGGAAGUACGGAGUACUCAGCGAAAUUGGGGAUUAUGAUCCGACGUCAUGCGUUUUCUCUGGGCAAUAUGUGACGUUGCAGAUUGAUCGGGUUCCGAUCACACUUGCUCAGCAAUGGGAUCCAUCUGCUCCUUUGAUUCUGUAUCAACUUUUGCCUCACGAACAACGCAUGUCUGUUCUGAACUUUCGUGAUCCGGAAACAUCCUUCGUGUAG